GAUGAAGACGAAACGAAAGUAACUGAAGACAACACGCAGAUCGCGUGGAUUUGAUGUCAUGUCCUAGAAAACAUUCUUAAUUUUCAAGCUUAAAGCACAGAAAAAAUGAGUGUUUCAAAUACAUAUGAAUUCUCUUCUUAGUGGACAAGACUGCAAGUCACAGUGAACAGCAGAUUGUUGUCUCAAGCCAGUGCUGAUCAAUGACAGUUUAUCUGCAGUCUGUCAGAGAAGAGAGGAAAGAUGAGUCUCUCACAGAAACAGAGUGUAAGAUCAGGAUCACAUGUGUCUGUGAAGAGUGACCGGUCAAAUGAUGAUGACAGACCAAACUUCAGUGAGAAAAAAACAUCUAUCAAAAGUGUAAGAUCAGACUCACAUAUGUCCAGCUCUGUGUCUGUGAAGAGUGACCAGUCAAAGGGUGAAGGACCAAACUUCAGUGAAGAAACAACAUCACGAACCAAACGGCUUCAGUGUGAAACAUUAGAUCCAGAUUUACAGUCUCACAGGAACCACAAUAAUUUUACAGACAGUCUCCUGCAGAUCUUCCAGGAUCUUGAGAGCAAAAUAAUGACAUUUCUGAAGAAAGAACUGGAAAAGUUUAAGAAAAUAUUACAAAAAGAGGACAUGCAAUACUUUGUGAAGGACUUUAAUGAGAACAGAUGCAGUAUGAAAGAAGCAGCUCUUGAUCUCACGCUCUACUUCCUGAGAGAGAUGAAGCAAGAUGAAGCUGCUGAUACUCUAGAAGAUGAUCUGGUCUUCAUUCAUCAGCUAAAGUGUAGCCUAAAGAAGAAGUAUCAGUGUGUGUUUGAAGGAAUUGCAAAGCAAGGUGACUCUACACUUCUGAAGAACAUCUACACAGAUCUCUAUAUCACUCAGGGUUGUAGUGAACAGGUCAAUACUGAACAUGAGGUGAGACAGAUUGAAGUUGCUUCCAGACGUCAUGAAUCACAGGAGAUACAGGUUGAGUGCAAACAUUUGUUUGAAGCACCUGAACAAGACAAGCAGAUCAGAACUGUACUGACAAACGGAGUUGCUGGCAUCGGAAAAUCAGUCUCUGUGCAGAAGUUUGUUCUGGAUUGGGCCGAAGGAAAAGAAAAUCAAGAUAUCAGCUUCAUAUUUCCUCUUCCAUUUAGAGAGAUGAACUUAAAGGAGCAAGAAAAACUAAGUUUGAUGGACCUUAUAACUCAGUUUUUCCCAGAGACAAAAGAACUGAACCUUACAAGAAGAAAUCAAUUCAAAGUCUUGUUCAUUCUUGAUGGAUUGGAUGAAUGUCGACUUCCUGUAAACUUUAAGGAUAAUGAGACGUGGUCUGAUGUUUCAUCACCAACCUCUCUGGAUGUUCUCCUGACGAACCUCAUCAAGGGAAAUCUGCUUCCUUCUGCUCUCAUCUGGAUCACCAGCAGACCAGCAGCUGCCAGUAAGAUUCCUCCUGACUGUAUCGACCGGCUGACAGAGAUACGAGGAUUCAAUGAUGCACAAAAGGAGGAGUACUUCAGAAAAAGAGUCACAGAUGAGAAUCAGGCCAAAGAAAUCAUUGAUCAUGUUAAACAAUCAAAGAGUCUCUUUAUCAUGUGCCACAUCCCAGUCUUCUGCUGGAUUUCAGCCACUGUUCUCCAGAACAUUUUAGAGGAGAAAAGAAAUAAUGUUGUGAAAAACAAUCAGGCUGAUGAUGCCUCCAAAACACUGCAGAAGUCAAAUACUGAAGACACUCCUAAGACUCUGACACAAAUGUACACACACUUCCUCAGAUUUCAGAUCCAGCAGAGCAGACAAAAGUAUGAUGGAGAACAUACACCAGAUGUUUCCUGGGAUAAAGAUGCCAUCUUUUCACUGGGGAAACUGGCAUUUGAUCAGCUGGAAAGAAACAAUGUGAUCUUCUAUGACACAGAUCUGGAAGCCUGUGGUAUUGACGUCUAUAAGGCAUCAGUGUACUCAGGCAUGUGUACCCAGAUCUUUAAGGAGGAAACAGGGAUCACUCUUGGUACCAUGUACUGCUUCGUUCACUUGAGCAUUCAAGAGUUUAUUGCAGCCCUUUAUGCACAUCUGUUUCUAGACAUCAACAAGAAAUAUGUGUUUGAUCAAGACUCUACAGAACAGAAAAACACAAAUUUCCUUCAGAUCCUUCUUGGAAAAUCCAAAAAAAACAUUAUUGAUUUGCUCAAGACUGCAGUGGACAAGGCACUAGAAAGUGAUAAUGGACACCUGGAUCUUUUUCUUCGAUUCCUCCUUGGUUUGUCACUCCAGUCCAAUCAGAGACUCUUACAGGGUCUGUUGACACUGGAAAAUAGAAAUGAGCAGAGUAAAAAGGAAAUAGUUCAGUACAUCAAGCAGAAAUUAGAGUCUAAUCUGUCUCCAGAGAGAUCCAUCAAUCUGUUCUACUGUCUGAAUGAACUGAACGACCAAACUCUGGUGGAAGACAUUCAGACCCACCUUAGCAAAGGAAGUCUCUCAUCUGCUGAUCUUUCACCUGCCCAGUGGUCUGCUUUGGUCUUUGUGUUGUUGACAUCAGACGAGGAGUUGGAGGAGUUUGAGCUUCAGAAAUUCAAGAAAUCAGACGAGUGUCUCAUUAGAUUAUCAGCGGUCAUCAAAACCUGCAAAAGAGCUCUGCUAAAUGAUUGUGGCUUAACUGACAAAAGCUGUCCAGCUCUGGCUUCAGUUCUUGGAUCAGAUACCAAUCUGAAAGAGCUGAACAUGAACAAUAAUAAUCUGCAGGAUUCAGGAGUGAAGCUCCUCUGCACUGGACUGAAGAAUAUAAACUGCAAAUUAGAGAUACUGAGGGCCCUCAUUUAUCAACAGUGCAUACACACAGAUGUGUGUGUAAUGAGUGCGUAAGAACAGUCUCAUGCAAAGUGUGGGAUCUUCCAUCUUGUACUUU